GGCGGCGGGCCCGGUGGAGCUUGGCAGGCCGGCGGCUGUGUACGUGGGAGCGGAGCGGGGCAUGAGGCGGGCGCCGAGAUGUGGCUGAAGCCCGAGGAGGUGCUGCUGAAGAGCGCCCUCAAGCUGUGGGUGCUGGAGCGCGCCAACCGCUACUUCGUGCUGCAGCGCAGGCGAGGCUACGGGGAGGACGGCGGGGGGCUGGCAGGCCUUCUCAUGGGGACACUAGAUGCAGUCUUGGACUCUACAUCAAAAGUGGCUCCAUUUCGUAUCCUGCAUCAGACACCGGAUUCUCAAGUCUACUGGUUCAUUGCGUGUGGAGCCAGCAGAGAAGAAAUAACAGAACACUGGGACUGGCUGGAACACAAUGUUAUGAAGACCUUAUCAGUGUUUGAUUCAAAUGAAGAUGUUACUAGCUUUGUACAGGGAAAGAUAAGAGGAUUGAUUGCUGAAGAAGGGAAAGGUUCUUUCAUACAAGAAGAAGAUCCUGAGAAGUUUCGUGAAGCUAUUCUGAAGUUUGAGAAGUGCUUUGGAUUAGCAGAGCAGGAGAAGUUGGUGACCUAUUACUCCUGCAGCUACUGGAGGGGGCGAGUGCCCUGUCAGGGAUGGCUUUAUCUUAGUACCAACUUUCUUAGCUUUUACUCAUUUUUGCUGGGAGCAGAAAUAAAACUCGUUAUCUCCUGGGAUGAAAUCUCAAAACUUGAAAAGACCUCCAAUGUGAUCCUGACAGAGAGUAUUCAUGUGUGCUCCCGUGGGGAGGAUCACUACUUUUCCAUGUUUUUGCACAUUAAUGAAACGUUCCUUCUUAUGGAGCAGCUGGCAAACUACGCUGUAAGGAGACUUUUUGACAAGGAGACAUUUGAAAGUGACCUAGUCCUCCAUGAUCCUCUACAAAUCACCAAGAGAGGCCUGGAGAACCGAGCCCACAGUGAGCAGUUUAGUGCAUUCUUCAGGCUACCCAAAGAAGAGACCCUGCAGGAAGUGCAUGAAUGCUUCUUAUGGGUACCUUUCUCCCACUUCAACACAUUGGGAAAAAUGUGCAUUUCAGAGAACUACGUCUGCUUUGCUAGCCAGGAUGGCAGUCUCUGCAGCAUAAUCAUUCCCCUAAGAGAGGUCAUAGCAGUGGAGAAGGCUGAUCCAGCUAACAAAGGAGUCAGCAUUAGUAUCAAAGGAAAAAGAGCUUUUCGUUUCACUGAGGUUAAGGAUUUUGAACACCUGGUAGCAAAGCUUAGAAUCAGAAGUGGAACAACUUCAAGUCCACAUCACACUGCAAGUACAGAGGUUGCCACUACUUCUGACUCUGACAAUCUGGUGGAUUAUUAUGAAGGACAGUUGAUGGCAGGUCAGAAAGGCGGCAGCAGCAAGACUGUUAGCACAGAAGCUCUAAUGACCGUAUUCCACCCUCAGGAUGCUGAUAAUCUUGACUCUAAAAUGUUGAAAGAAAAAAUGAAAGAGCAGUCCUGGAAUAUCCUCUUUGUAGAAUGUGGACGUGGCGUUAGCAUGUUUCGGACAAAGAAGACUCGAGAUCUAGUUUUAAGAGGGAUCCCAGAGACCUUACGAGGAGAGCUCUGGCUGCUCUUCUCAGGUGCCGUUAAUGACAUGGCUACAAACCCCGGUUAUUACACUGAACUGGUGGAAAAGUCCCUAGGAACAUGCACUUUGGCUACUGAUGAAAUUGAACGAGAUUUGCGUCGCUCCCUACCUGAGCAUCCAGCCUUUCAGAGCGACACUGGUAUUUCUGCACUCAGGAGAGUUCUUACAGCCUAUGCAUACAGGAAUCCCAAGAUUGGAUACUGUCAGGCAAUGAAUAUUUUGACAUCCGUGCUGCUACUUUACGCUAAAGAAGAAGAAGCUUUCUGGCUAUUGGUUGCUGUAUGUGAAAGAAUGUUACCUGAUUAUUUCAAUCGUCGAAUCAUUGGGGCCUUGGUGGAUCAGGCAGUGUUUGAGGAACUCAUCAGGGAUCACCUAUCUCAGCUGACGGACCACAUGACAGACAUGACGUUCUUCUCGUCCGUCUCUCUCUCCUGGUUUCUUACACUCUUUAUCAGCGUGCUGCCCAUUGAAAGUGCAGUCAGUGUGAUAGACUGUUUCUUCUACGAUGGGAUAAAGGCAAUCUUGCAGCUCGGUCUGGCAGUACUGGACUACAACAUGGACAAGUUGCUGACCUGUAAGGAUGAUGCAGAGGCAGUGACUGUUCUAAGCAGAUUUUUCGACAGCGUCACUAACAAGGACAGUCCAUUGCCUCAAGCUGUGCAGCAGGCUUCAAACCUGAACGAUACAAAGAGUUACCACCCAAAAGUGGACAUAACCGACCUGAUCAGAGAGUCAAACGAAAAAUAUGGUGAUAUUCGAUACGAGGAUGUCGAGAGCAUGCGCUGCAGGAACAGGCUGUAUGUGAUCCAGACCCUAGAAGUUACUACGAAACAGAAUGUGCUGCGUGUUGUGUCCCAGGAUGUAAAAUUCAGUCCUAGUGACCUGGAAGAGCUUUAUGAAUUAUUCAAGAAGGAGCAUUUUCUGUCCUGUUACUGGAGUGCAAAUAGCCCUGUCCUGAGACACCAUGACCCCAGUCUGCCAUAUCUGGACCAGUAUCGGAUUGACUGCCAGCAGUUCAGGGUCCUCUAUCACCUCUUGAGUCCAUGGGCACAUUGUGCAAACAGGGACUCUCUUGCACUGUGGACAUUCAGAUUGCUGGAUGAAAAUGCCGAUUGCCUUAUAAACUUCAAAGAAUUUGCCUGUGCACUUGAUGUCAUGUAUAAUGGAAGUUUCAUUGACAAACUGAAGCUGCUUUUUAAGCUGCACAUCCCUCCAGCUUUUACUGAAGUGGAAUCUCUAAGCCCUUCCAAAGGUGAUGAUCUUUCAAAAGAAGAGCUGAUUCAUUUCAGUCAACUCAAUGUUUCCUCUCCUGUGGAUAGUCAGGAAGCUGAUGCUUUGAAGAGAAGCCCAGAAAAAGUAGGUAAAGAGAAGAUUGAUAUUCAGGCCUAUCUGAAGCAAUGGCAAGAUGAACUUCUUAAAAAAGAAGAAAAUAUUAAGGAUUUGCCUAGAAUGAACCAGUUCCAGUUCAUCCAGUUCUCAAAGACUUUAUACAACCUGUUCCAUGGGGACCCUGAAGAGGAGUUGUUAUAUUGGGCUAUAGCGACUGUCACCAGCCUCUUGCUGAAGAUGGAAGAAGUUGGGAGAAGGCUACAAAGCCCGACUUCGCCAGCCAAAAGCCCAGCUUCUGCAGCAGACUCCAGCACGGGCAGCCAGACCAUGCUAAAGAGAGACAGUGCGCCCGAACAGACUGAGCGCAGGAGUGUGCACAGCCCUCGCAGAGAUAGCCAGGAAUGGUCUUUUGCCUUUGAGCAGAUCCUGGCAUCCUUGUUAAAUGAACCAGCUUUGGUGAGAUUUUUUGAGAAACCUCUAGACAUAAAAGCCAAGGUAGAAAAUGCUAAAACUUCACAAUUAAAAGCGAGAACCAGAGUAUAGGCGUUUGCUUUUUUUUAACCUUCGCACCCUAUGUAAUACAAAGGCCAUUGCUGUGGAAAGUGAGCAUUGUUUAUAUUGAGAAUGAGAUUUGAGGAUUUAGCUUUAACUACCAGAUAACAAUGUGUGUUGAAGUAAUUAAAAACACUUUGAAGCACAAUCACAUCUUUGUGUUGUUCAGAAAUUUCAGUAUAGUUAAAAAAGGACAGAAAAUUAAACAGCAUUUUUACCAUAUUAUACAAAAUAUGCAAUAUUACUAAAAAUACUAAAUGUGACCCAUAGAGGGCACUAUUGCAAAACUUUCUGUAUGACUACUAUUACUGGUUGCGUACUUCUUGAUUUACUGUUCAUUGUUGUGAUGAAUAUGAUGAUUUUCUGCCACCUUCAGUUAUAAGUAGUACUUGACAUCUAAGUUUUACUUUCAGGCUGGUUUAAUUUCAAAAUAACCAUUUCUAAAUCUGCAUGUAAACUCACACCAACCCAGGGCAAAAGCCUCAGUACUAAGGGGAAUAGAGUUUUUGGACUGAUAGCCUUGAUGGUCACAGGAGCAUUGUUGAUAAAGAAGGAAGUUUCCAUUCUUUUACUUAUUGCUGUACUGUAGUGUUAAUCUUUUCUUUAUCAGACCUCACUGGCUUCUAGUGAAUAGCUGGUGUCAGAGCUGGGCCUGAAUCUAUGCAAAAUUCAGACCAGAAUCCUAAUUUCCCAAAUGGCACCAUUUCUACAUUGGAUCUGUACGCCCUGGAAUUUUGGGGACCCAGAUUUUGCAGCUCGGGUGUGAUUUCCAUCUGAGUAAUUUUCCAUCUGACUCCAUGGUUUCCUGCAUCAACCCAGAUGAGUAGGUUACCCCUUCCCGCCAACAUUCUGUAUCCCUGAGAUGCAAGAAUGGGGGAGUUAACUGAUACUCUUGUGGCUCCCCGAUUGUACAAGGGUGAGAACGCUGGGGACGGAUCAUCAAAAGGUGUAACUUCCAAUCAAAUGUAUUCCAGUGUACUUGCUGGAGUCGCAAAGAAACUGGCAGACAAUGGCUAAUCUCUUUUUCUGUAUAAGGAAUUAGGAUGUGAUGUAAAGCACUUACAUUUUAUCUGCAUCCACUUGCAGGCAAGGGAAGGAUAGCUUGCUCAUUUGGUGCAUGUUGGAGAAAGACAUGAUUUUGUUUGAAUGUUAUCUCAAAACCCAAUAGUUACCAUCAGUAGCUACCUCCUAAUCAGUUGAAUUAUGACUGCUGAGCCGGGUGACUGACCUGCUGCAGCAGAUGCUGAUUUGUUACCUUUGACUCUGAGAUCAAGCUUGUAACUGUUAGUCUUUUGCCAUGGGUCUUCUCUUUUGGAUUAUUACCAGUGUGAUAGUUUAUAUCAGUGGUUCCUAACCUUUUCGUCUGGCGAGCGCCAGACAAAGGACCGUGGCGGCCGUGGAGCACUCGCUGAAAUGCUGCCGAAUUUCUGCAGCGU